UUUGUUUUAGAGUACCAGAAGACUAUUCACCUUCCGAUUUCUUCCGAAAAUUCGUCACAUUAUAUUUAGAAAAAGAUGGUGCCUCGUCUUUUAUUUCAUAGCUUUAGUAUGGGUUUGUGAAUAUCUUAUUUAUUAUGCUACGCUGUACAAUUGUAACUGGCCCGACCUACGCAGUGCUGGUGUGGAAAAAGUAUCAAGCUUAGACACCAAAGUAGUCAAUAUGAUGGUAUUAGCCGACACACAUCUUGUUGGAUAUGCUCUAGGUCAUCCUGUUGACCGAAUUAGAAGGGAUUGGCAAAUGAAACGUGCUUUUCAAGCUGCUUUAUAUUUACACGAUCCUAAUGCCGUUAUAAUAUUAGGAGAUAUAUUGGAUGAAGGAAAAUGGGCUACAAUUGAUGAUUUUCAUUCUUUAGUGGAAAGAUUUCACGAUAUUUUUCAUCAUGAUAAAACAAGAACAUUGGUUAAAACAGUUGUUGGAAAUCAUGAUAUUGGAUUUCAUUAUGCCACCGAUGAUUUUUUGAAUAAUCGAUUUCACCGGGAUAUUGGAAAUAAUAUUUACACACCGCCUAUUUAUCUAUGGACCUUUUUCGGGAUCCAUUUUGUUAUUGCAAACAGUGUCGCUUUUGAAGGUGACAAUUGUGAUCUAUGUUUCAAGGCCAAUGUCAUAUUAAAAUCAAUAACAAGAUAUCUUGAUUGUUUAAAGAUGUCUACUCCACUUAAUGCCAAGAGUUGUUUCUCUCACGAACUUAGUAUGGGUCUUUCUGACAAAUAUCCCUACAUUGUUCUCGACCGUAAUGAGAAUCAAUUGUCUUCCGAAAUUCAUGGCUUUUAAUUAUCCAUCUUCCUUCAUCUAUUCACGUCCGGUUAUUUUACAACAUUUUCCCUUGUACCGAACUUCUGACACUGGAUGUCCUACAAAACCGGUAGAUGCUAUGCCAAAACACUUGAGAAAAACUCUAAACAGACCAAAACUUGAUUGCCUUUCAAAAGAGGCAACAAAACAAUUACUUGAAUCUCUUCGUCCACGACUGAUACUAUCUGGCCAUACACACUAUUCAUGUAAAAUGUUACAUCAAUUCGGUAACCAAUCGGAUUCUGCUGUAGAAUGGUCAGUUGCUAGCUUCUCUUGGAGAAAUCUUGCAAAUCCUGGAUUUCUAAUGCUUUCAAUAUCAUCUACAAAUUAUUCAAUGAAUAAAUGUUAUCUCCCAACUGAACUACGUUUAAUACAAUGCUACAUUACUGGUUUUCUACUCAUAUUUUUUAUUUUCACUUAUAAAAAGUUUAAUAAAAUUAACAUGUCUAGAAAAACAUCGAGUUUUAAAGAUGAUAAUCAAAUUAUUAUUGGACCAGUUUUUCAACCUGAUGAUCUUGCUCCAUCUACUGGAAUAGGACCUGCAUUACCGUCUGAUGUGUUUAAACAGAAAUUAAACAAAGACUCGGAACAAGUCAAUAAUUACAAAGCAUCUACUGAUUUUGAAGAGAUUGACACUAUUGGACCUUUACUACCAGGACAAGAGAUAAGAGAAGAAUGGCGGCAUUUGAAAUCUGGUUGUUCAGUGGAUUCAAAUUGUAUGAAUAAUGAAAAACCUAAACGUGAUACAUGGAUGACGGAAUUAUUGCCUAAAUCAAGUGAUUUCAAUUCAUUGAAACCACGUAAAUUUCGUCAGGAUAUAUCAACACAUUCACUUCAUGAUUCAUCAUGGUUCACUACACCAAACGAUGAUUCGAAACAACAAGUAACUAAUAGUCAAACAAGUCAAUUAACCAACGAUACCGUAAAAUAUGAACAACGUGAAGGCUAUGAUCAGAAGAUGGCAAAAAUUGCUUCGGAAUGUCAAGGUUCAAAACAAAAGUCAAGUUUACUUGAACUGCAUGAGAAGAAACUCAAACGCAAACUAAAGAAAAAACAUGAGAAGAAAUCCAAAAAGCAUAAGCAUAAAUCCAAAAAGCAUAAAAAAGACCGUGAGAGAUCAUCGUCAUCGUCAUCAUCAUCCAGCUCACCACCUAAUGAACCUAUCAGACGACCUUUCGAUCGUGAAAAAGAUCUUAAACUAUCCCGAAUCGAUACAGCUGCUCGAAAAGCAAUAAUUGAACAUUCGAAAAAGCUCACUAGUCGUUUUAGUCAUGGUAGCCAACAGUAUUUAUAGUGCUUGUAUUUGUAAAGUCUUUGCUUAACUAAACAUUGUAUUUUUUUUUUAUGUAAUCACUUUUUUAGACUGUUGAUAUUUUGUAGUUCAAUGUUAAGCACUUUUUGUUUCCUUUUUUGUAUCAAUAUGUCAUUACUGAGUUCAAAAAUGUAUUUAUUCAUUUCUGCAUAACAAUCCAUUUGUGAAUACAUUUGGUUGAAUAAAUAACUGUAAACAAUUUAUAU